AUGGUGACCAUCACGAUCAGUAAGGGGCAGCUCGCGUGGGCGGUCAUCCUGAUCGUGUGCGCGUUCUACGGGGGGGCGACCCAGGAUGUCCGUUCCUUCGUGGUUUUCGUCGUGCACGUCUGCCUGUUGUGGCUGCAGGUGAAGUUCUGCAGGUGGUGCGGCUUCUGUGGACGGCGGCAGAAUGCGGCGGCGCCAGCAGCCAUUGAGCCCACCGCUCAACCGUGGCAGCUGCAGAAGCGAAAGCGCCUGAGUACUUGCUACCUGCUGUGGCUGAUAGGCGGGCCCGUGAGCAACGCGCACCAUUUCUACCUCGGGCGAGUGGUGCACGGGCUCUUCGGCAUCUGGACCGCGAACCUACUCGGCAUCGGUUGGCUAUCUGACCUUUUCUUGAUGCCGCUCUACGUGCGGGGCUUCAACUCCAAGUACGCCGCGCAAAAUGCCGAGAAGGACGGCACGCGCUGGCUGUUGUGCGGCCGGUUGCCGCUGAUGCUUCUCGCAGUAGUCGCGUCACUCGUCGGUGGCUUCUGCUACACGCCGUGGCUGCUCCAGCGAGUCGGUGUCGUGGAUAUUGACCGCCUGAGUGCGCAGACGCAGGUCAACCCGUACAAGGUCCUGGAACUGCCGCGGGGCGGUGCGAUGACCGACGUAAAGAGUGCCUACCGCAGGCUCAGCAAAGAGUGGCACCCAGACCACAACCCGAACUGUGGCAAGCGUUGCGACGACAAGAUGGCCGAGAUCAACAAGGCGUUCGACGCCAUCAAGAAGCGGCAGGCGCCCCUGCCAGAGGACAACACUUGGGGGCACAUGGUCGAGCACACUCUGGAGGACGACUCAGACUGGGGCCACGUGAUGCGGGCGCUGUUCCAGGACGGCCCCGACUGA